UUAAGCUCUCGCAGUCUCGCUCUCAUCCUCCUACACAGUCCAGACAGUCCUCACUCUCUCGCUCGCCGGUCUCCGACUCCACCAUGGGCGCUUUACACCCAAUCCUCCUCUUUCUCGCUCUCACUGGGCUCACCGCCACCAUCUCGGCCCACAAUAUCACCGACAUUCUCUCAGGCUUCCCAGAGUACUCAGUCUGCAACAGCUACUUGAGCCAAACAAAGGUGGCCGACGACAUCAACAGCCGCCAAACAAUCACUGUCCUCGUCCUGAACAAUGCGGCCAUGUCCGCCCUCGCAGGCAAACACCCCCUCUCCGUCAUCAAAAAGGCGCUCAGCCUCCUCGUCCUCCUCGACUACUACGACCCGCCCAAGCUCCACCAAAUUUCCAAGGGCACCACCCUCACCACCACUCUUUACCAAACUACCGGAAAUGCCCCUGGCAACUUGGGCUUUGUCAACAUCACCGACCUCCAGGGUGGCAAGGUCGGCUUCGGCUCCGCGGCUCCCGGAUCCAAGCUUGAUUCCAGCUACACCAAGUCUGUCAAGCAAAUCCCCUACAACGUCUCUGUCCUCGAGAUCAGCUCGCCGAUCAUCGCGCCGGGGAUGCUCACCGCGCCGGCUCCUUCAGCUUCGGACGUCAAUAUAACAGCCGCCCUUGAAAAGGCUGGGUGUAAAACUUUUGCGUCGUUGAUUACUACCAACGGUGUGAAGAAAACUUUUGAGUCAGCGAUUGAGAAGGGUUUGACCAUUUUCGCGCCGAAUGAUGAGGCUUUUAAGGCGCCUGGUGUGCCUGAUCUGAGCAAACUCAGCAAUGCCGAAAUAGUCGCGCUACUACUAUAUCACGCACGCGCUGGUUAUACUCCACUCGGGACGCUGAAGACCACCAAGGACCCGCUCACUACGUUGGCGACCAACGGUGCCGGAAAGUACGAACUUACGGUUACCACAGCCGGUGACGAGGUCACUCUUCACACCGGAGUCGACUCGUCCAGGAUCGCCGACACGGUGCUCGACUCAACCCCUCUGGCCAUUUUCACCGUGGGGAAUGUGCUUCUUCCGACCGAGCUGUUCGGGAAAUCGCCUUCGCCUGCGCCGACGCCGGAGCCGGCCACGGCCACAUCGCCUAGCCCCGCACCGGCUUUGGCGCCGACUCCGAAAGGUGAAGCACCGUCUCCUUCGACUGCAUCGCCGCCUGCUCCGCCGACAGAGACGCCGGGGGGUUCCCCGUCGGAAGCGCCGUCGCACGAUUCUCAGAACAGUACCACGGAUAACGGAGCUGGUCACGUGAAGGGUUCUGCAUUGGUGGCAGUGCUGGUCACCGUGUCUGCCACCAUCAUUUCCUCCUUUGUCUUGUCCUGAAUAGCAAUUUCAGAUGCCCGUUUAAAUUUUUGAGUUAUUAUUUUCUCUCUUCUUUUUUUUUUUAAUUUAUUUUCGGAUUUAAUUUAUGGGGGAGGAGUCGGUGCCGUUGGUGUUUUGUUUUUUAAGAUUGUAUUGACAUAUAUAUAUAUUUACCUGUUUUUAUGCGAUUUA